AUGCAAGAUUUUCUCCAAGAGCGCUUUGACACAACCAGCAAACUCUACAACGACCCCCACAAUCCCCAACGCCAUUACGAAAGAGGAUUAAUCCAUGAGCGCUUGGGGUUUGCCGAUCUCGCCUCAGCCGAUGCAUACCGUGCCCUUUCAUUAUUAGAGUCAAUUGUUGAUCCGGACGGGUGCGAAUUUCAUGCCCGACGGAGGAUAGAGUCGGCUGAUGCCAACGGACAGGAAGACGACGAUGAUGACGAUAGUGCAUACGCCCUGAUAGCCCAAGAUGAAUAUGACGCAUUGAUUGGUGAUGUUUAUUCGCUGCUCGUUCGGAGUUUGGUCAGUUGUGGGUGUUUUCGCGAUGCGUAUGAAUUCUGCGUGCGCGGCCAAGCUUUACUAGGCGAUAAUGGUAGCAGUGACUGGGGGAAGGCCCUCCAACAGCAGAUGGACAUCAUCAAGAAGAUCUAUAUCUCACGACGACCGGGAUCAGAGACGUCCGAUAAAGUCCAAGUGGAUCCGGGUGCUCUGAAUGCCCAAGGGCGUGCCCGCAGAGUUCUAUACCCGUGGAACGAGCACGAGCCGGACAGAAAAGCGCCCGAAACCCUGCGGUUGUUGAACGAACAAUUGAAGGGUGUGGCACCCAAGUGCGAAGUGAGAGCCGUAGCCCUCCCGCUGCUGCAUGGCACCGCCGAAAGCAGUAGUCCCUACAGCAACAACCCAGACGAGGUCUCCGUCCAGCUUGGCCUCUUCGCCAAAGAGGACAUCGCCCCCGGCGAGAUCCUCCUUCACGAGACGACCCUCCUGACCGCCACGAAUCGACUCCACGAUGACCUCUGCGAUGCCUGUAAUGCCCCCCUUCCGGACCUCGCUUCCGAAAACCCCCCUGUGGCCUGCUGUGGCUGCUCCGACGACAUCAUUUUCUGCUCCCAGACAUGCCACGACCAAGCGCAACGGAUUUAUCACGGCGCCGUCUGCGGCCUCAUGGGCAGUCUCGGAUCCAUCGGAAAGGACAUCCCAGACCCCAAAGACAAGGCAGACUACCUCUACCUCCUCCUCGUCGGUCGUGCUAUCGCCAUGGCUGCCACCCAGGACGUGCAUCCGCUCGAUCUGCCGGAAAUUAAAUACAUUUGGGGUGACUUUCACGACCUGGACCUGUCCUCCCCUCAUGGUUCAGGGGAAAAUGAUGACUCCGCCUCGCUCCCUUUCUCCUUCCACCUGAACAUCCUCCAACCCAUGCGCAUCCUUGAGGAGAUGGAACUCGACCCGUACACCGUCCUCCCUCUCUACGACACUUGGGUCCUGAAUACCCUGUAUGCUAAAUUCCGCGGCACGGCUUCCGGCCGUCUCUCCAAGUGGGACGGUGGCCCGGAGCUCUGCGCCGUGCAUCCGCUCUGGUGUCUCGCAAACCAUUCCUGUGAUCCGAACGUGCGUUGGGAAUGGGGUGGGGAGAUCACCUUCCGUGCGCGAUCUGCGUCUGAACGGCCCAUCUGGAAGAGGAAGACGAAGACAUCGUCAGGGACGGCGAUCCAGGAGACGAAGACAACGUCCGGGCGCUGUGAGGGUAUCAAGGCCGACGAAGAGAUUUGGAACCAUUAUUGUGAUAUCGGGUUGGACGUGAAGGAGAGGAGAGAGUGGGCGAAGGGCGCUUUGGGUGGUCUCUGUCGUUGUGAGAGGUGUGCUUGGGAGGCCGGCGAGUAA